UUUUAUAGUUCUACCCGCAAAUUAUAAAUAUAAUCUAAGCACAACUUAACAAUGAAAACCAAUGAGCCAAAUUAUGAAAUCAAAAUCAAAGUGUAACAUUAGCUCUGAUAGUCUUAAUAUUGACGACACUAUUAGUAGUAGUACUGGUUAUUAUUUUAACAGUCAUGAAAAUCUAAGUCCUACAAUUGCAACUUUAUUACCAAGAAAUUUAUUGGAUAGUCCAGUACUUAAUGAUCAAACCAUUUUACCAUCAACUUCAUUUUUAUCAAAAUCAAAGAAGAAACGAAAAAAUUCUCAUCUACAAAUACCUAUAAUGAAUUUGAAAACAGAAGAUAGUGAAUCGAAGAUUCAAUCUUUUGAUGAUGAUAAUGGUGAUGAUGAUGAUAAUAAUAGUGUCAUUAGCUCUGAUGUUACUAUUUCUACGACAAAAAAUACUAAUAUCAAUCAACGUACUGACAAAUGCUUCACGGGAUUUUAUUUAAAAACUACUUAUUCUGAUGUUAAAUUCAUUAUAAAAGAUCCAUUUAUCAUUGAAAAAUUGGUUUUACUACCAAUGACUAAAUUAUUUCUUUACUUAAUGAAAAAAAGUAAACAUAAACUUAAUGAAAAUGAGUCAAAUUAUAAUUGCAGUAAAAGUACUAUUGUUAACACAACCACUAAUAAUGAAAUAAAUGACUAUUCAUCCUUAGUAUCAUCAUCACCAUCCUCCUCCUCCUCCUCCUCCUCCUCAUCAUCAUCAUCAUCAUCAUCAUCGUCAUCAUUAUCGUCAUCAUCUUAUUCAUGUCAGUUGAUUCAUUCUAAACGUGUAUUAAUGGAAUUAUAUGAGAACUAUAUUGAAACUUAUGGAUAUUUAAAACAUGCAAAACUAUUUGUUAAGUAUACAUUGAAAGAUUUUCCUGAUUGUGAAGAAAAAUCUAACCUUCUGAAAUUGCUUAAUAAAUGUGAUAGAUCAAUAAGUUUAUUGAAUAAAUCAGAUGAAUUUUCUAUUCAACAUAAAAUUAAUAAUGAUACAUCUGAUUUUUGCUUAAAUGUUAAUAGAAUUCCAUCGGAAUAUCAGUUCCCCACAUUUUCAUCAUCACCAUCAAUCUCAUCAUCCAGUACAACGUUAUGUCCUAUUCAAAGUUCAUCAUUUUCAAUAAAUGAUUAUUAUUAUUAUUAUCAUCAUCUUCAUUAUCAACAAGAUCAAUUAUUUUCAUCAGAUCGGUCAUUAAAUAUUAUAAAUAUAUCACCAUUCGAGUUAACCAAUGAUUUAUCAGAAGUAAAUCAUUUUAAAUCAAAUUACGUUAUACAAACAAAACCAAUUUCAGCUUAUUAUGUUGAUAGGAAAACAUUAAAUAAAGUUCCAUCAAAUAAUUCAAAAAGUAAGAACGACUCAUUAUUCAACAUACGCUACAAAACACAAGUAUGCAGAUAUUUUCAAGAACAUGAUGGUUAUUGUCCAGCUGGAAUAAGAUGCCAUUUUGCACAUGGUAUAAUAGAACUGCGAGAUCCGAAAUCCCAUCCAAAAUUUCGUAGUCAAAUAUGUCGAAACUAUUCAACCACCGGUAACUGUUCAUAUGGUGAUAAGUGCUAUUUUAAGCACUUCAUAAAUGAUUCGCAGUCAAAAACAACAGUAACAGCACCAAAAGUAGAAGUAUUCAAUGAUAAAGAAAAUCCAUCACCUGAUUCAACUAGUCAACCAAUGAAACAUCUAAUUAAUUCCAAAAAAAAGUGAUAUUACAAUGAAAGGACAAAUAUCGAACUAUAAAGGAACCAAUGAUGAAAGAACUUAAUGAAUAAGCAAAAAAAUGUUAAUAAUACUGACUUUCACCUAAUUAGCGAAGUGUAAUAAAAUCCCUAUUUCUAUUUCUUACUUAACGAUUUAAAGAUCCCUACAGAGUAUUUACAAAUUUUAAAAAAUAAUAUGUUUGAAUGAACAAUCAUCUUUAAUAAAUUCGUCAUCAAGUUCUUGUAUAUUAAAAGAAUUAUAGACUGAUGUUUAUAGUGUUCGCCUGAAAAUUCUUCGUUUUUCAACUGCUAAUUUAAUGCACAUCAUACAUGUUGCCUAUACAAGGAAUCAUAAUAAAAAGAAGAUAAAGAUAAUUGGUAAUUUAGUUGUUUUCCUCAAAUACAAAGUAAUCACUGAUUAGCGUGUUUUUUUUAGCGAGUUAGUUUUCUACGGGAUGGGGUCACUAACCCCAUGCCCAACACUCCUCCUUUGUCCGGGCUUAGGACCGGCAGUAGACCCCGGAGGGACUCCAGGCGGAGUUACAAAGUAAUCUCAUGUAACUAAAAUUUAUGUAACAGAUUACAACUUUAUACAAUAAACAAUAUUAGUAAAACAUACUAUACAAUUUUAUAGUACAGUAGUAUAGUAUUCAGAAAAUUUCAUGAAUUUGCUACGAAUUUAUUGAAUUGAAGAUUACACAAUUAAAUGUAGAUCAAUUAUCUAUGAAUAAUCAAUGUUCUUGAUUGUUGAUGGUGUGAGUUCGGAGAUAUAACACUGUUAUAACUUGUGACCUGUGUGCCCUGUUAAUGUAUAACGUAAUGAUACCGCCAAUUAGAGAGCAGUGAAUUAUCGAUCAGAUCAAUGACGCAUAAUAGUUCAUAGGUCAAAAUAAAGUUCAUAAUAAGAAGGGUAUAAAUAUGAAUAGUUUAGCUAUUUAACAAUUAUACAAUAAAAAUAUACGCAUAGUAUUAGUCCAUAAAUGGAUCCCGAAAGUUAUCAUUCAUUAUGCUUAUCGGGACACAACAAAUACCUACAACAAUAAUAGGGGAAAAUUCUGGUUGGGAACAAACUUCCGUCACUAGCAAUCGUGUAUAGGUCAACCUAGAAUGAUCAUAAAACUAUGAGAAUUUAUUCAUCAUUUAUUCGAAUGAUAUGGAAUUGGAAAUGGAUAGUUGUCUAAAAGAUGAAUCAAUUUAACUAAACAAGUCAAUACAUAUUGACUUAUGAACAUUUUCUCUAUUUAUAUGCUUCCUGUAUAUUG